UUGGCUUUACCUCAAGGAAGUCUCGAGGCGAGCUGUCCCCGGCUUGCCCCGUGUGAGCGCAGCCCGGCCCCUCCUCAGGGCCGGGCCCCGCCGCCAUUAGGAGCGGCGCGGGGGGAACUACAGCUCCCGGCAGCCCUCGCUGCCCGCCGCUUCCCGCCGCGCUAAGAUGGCGGCCGCCAAGCAGCGUGCGGCAGGAGCGGCGCCGCCGGGCUACACGGCCCUGGCGGUGAAGUUCGGGGAGCGGCAGCGCUCGCCCCACUGCCUGCUGGUGAAGGAGCACCGCGUGCGGGAAGGGCCCGGCGACGCGCACCCGCCCGGCCGCACCCUCUUCGUCCUCAACGUGCCCCCGUACUGCGGCCCGGAGUCUCUGUCCAGGUUGUUCGCCAGCUGCGGGCCGGUGCAGGGCGUGGACGUCAGGGACAAGCCGGGGCCGGGGGAGAAAACGGAAAAACUCAGCUCCAAGUUCUUCAGCCGCAGGACUGCGACGGGAUUUCGAGUAGCAUACGUGGUGUUCAAGAAACCAGCUAGCAUCCAAGCAGUCAAGGCCCUGGCAGAGGAAGGUCCCUUGCUGAUAUCAACAGACAGUCACCCUGUGAAAACUGGCAUUAGUAAGUGGAUCGCCAGAUACGCAGACUCAGUAGUGGAUCAGGAAGAACUGAAGACUGAGGUGGACACCUUCAUGCAAGACUAUGACAAAAAGAUAGCACAGGAAGAAGCCAAAGCGGCCCAGGAGGAGGGCGUGCCAGAUGAGGAGGGCUGGGUGAAGGUAACACGGAAGGGCCGGAAGCCUGGCCUGCCCCGGACAGAGGCCGCCAACCUGCGGGUGCUGGAGAGGGAGAAGCGGAAAAGGGCCCGCAAAGAGCUGCUCAACUUCUACGCCUGGCAGCAUCGCGAGACCAAGAGAGAGCAUAUUGCCCAGUUGAGGAAGAAAUUUGAAGAGGACAAGCAAAGAAUCGCACUGAUGCGAGCCCAGCGCAAGUUUAGGCCAUACUGAGCCAUGCCGAGCUGUUUCCUCAGAUGCCUGCGCUGAAGAGGGCAGGAGAGAUGCCAACAGACUCCACAUGCCAAAGAGUUUCAAGGAAUUGAGGCAGUUUCAUGCUGUCCCUGCCCCUGGACCUGAAGUGGGAGAUCCCAGCAACCACAGCUGGAGGGGGAGUUGGCUUCGCUCACACCGGCAUCCUUCUGCUCUCCUGGCCACGUCUGCGCUGCCAUCGUCACUAUUUUCCAUGGUGUGGGUCCAGGGGGCUGAGGCAUGUCCAGUGACAACCUGUAUCUCCCUGCCACCCAAGGCCUUCCCGAAACUUGGUGAGAGACAGAAUUGGCCCAGCACAGCCUUUGCAGGGGCAGGGAAUGGCUGAAGCACUGUAAAUAAACUGCUGCUCUGUUCCCAACACA